GUUGAAUUACACUGAGUUAGUAUUCUUUCAGUGUAUAUUUUGUGCUAGACAUUAUCCAGCUGACUUUGGCAUCGUUGUCAUUGGACUGCGAUGUCGCGUCGCCGGUGUUUUUUGGUUAUGUUUAUUUUUGUUAUAUGUUUGUUUGGAAUGUAGGUGAGAUGUAUGUGAGAAUAAAUAAUAAAGUUUAAAAUGACGCUAUCAACUAAUAGUGAUACUCCUCCGGAGCAAAUUCAUUCAAAAAGUAUUAUUGUCAUUCAUCCUGGAUCGUUAAAUCUGAGAAUAGGUCGUGCAUCAGAUUUGAACCCCUUGACAAUACUUCAUGCUAUAGCGAGACGACGACUGCCCAAUGGUCAUGAAUAUAACGAUCCAUUUUUGCCAGAACGUGUAGAACUGAGUCAAUCGAAUGAAUUUGAAGAGACCAGAUUAGCUGUAUCGCACACCUUGCAAUCGUGCUUACAGAGUGAUGGUCGUAGGAGAUAUGCUACUCCACCCCAGCAAAUCGCGGCAUUCAAUCGCAGAGUCCAGCCAGAACCAUUAGAAGCCAGCGGAGGAGAAUGGAUUAAACCAGAAGGAGAUUUAGUAAUUGGAAACGACAUUCUGCGUUUGGAUCCGUUAGAAAACUUCAACAUCCAUUUUCCUUAUAAACGAGGCGAUUUUAAUAUACACAGCGGUCCUGGGGGAUCUAUGACUGCCGUUUUGGCAGAUCUGGAAUCCAUUUGGACGUACGUUCUCGAAAACAACUUCCAAAUAAGCAAACUCGAUUUGAAAAACUAUAAAGUUGUACUUGUAAUACCAGAUGUGUACAACAGAAUGUACUUAAGGGAAUUAAUGUAUCUGUUGUUAUGCAAAAUGGGAUUUGGCAGUUGUUUUUUGGUUCAGGACCACGUAGCAGCCACAUUCGGAUCCGGGCUGAGCUAUGCUUGUGUGGUAGAUGUUGGUGAUCAGAAGACGUCUGUAUCGUGCGUGGAAGAUGGCAUAUGUCAUCCGAAUACAAGAGUUAGAUUAGAGUAUGGAGGUGGAGACAUAACGCAAAUAUUUUUUUGGCUUCUGCAAAAAUGUGCUUUUCCGUAUAAAGAAUGCGCCGACACGAACAAAUUGGAUACAAUGCUCCUGAGGAAACUGAAAGAAGACUUUUGUCAUGUAAAUCUGGACGUGUGCGGUUCGCAAGAAAAAUCUUUCAUGUUGAAACAACCUGGCAAAGUGCCGAUGCAGUAUACCAUACAAGUGGGGGAUGAAUGUAUCAUUGCACCACUGAGUCUAUUUAAUCCGGAACUGUUUGGAAUUACCGGACCAAAACAACUGCACACCCAAAAGAUAUCCACGGGUGAUCCAGAAGAUCCACACGACGAACUGUACUUGAGAGAUAUCAGAAAGAAAGGAAUGGCGGGAAAAGAAAAUCUCGAGCCAUCGGCAUCAGAUUUACUGAGUGAAGGAUAUCUUGAAAGCCAACAGAACAAUCCGGCAGACGACGAUAUUGUUGUUGAUAACAUGGAACCGAUCCCGUCUGCUUCUGUAAGGGAGUUUGUGACAAAUCCAGGACAGCAAAUAUUUGGUUUGGACCAAGCAGUACUGCAAAGCAUCGACAGAUGUCCAAGUGAGGAUUUGAAAAGAAAAAUGUAUGGAUGUAUCUUAGUUGUGGGUGGUGGCAUGAAGUUCUCCGGAAUAGCCACGUGGCUUCAAAACAGGAUCUCACUGCAGAUACCGUACUUGUACAGAGCAGAGCAAUUGGAUAUUAUAACGAAUCCCAGAGACAUGGACUCCGCAAUGGUGGCGUGGAAGGGCGCCUGCAUUAUGUCCUGCUUAGAGACGGCUCACGAGCUUUGGAUCAACCAAGAUGAAUGGAAAAAGUGCGGUGUCAGGAUUCUUAGAGAGAGGGCUCCAUUUACAUGGUGAACUAGUUGAUUACUAAAAAAGCUUACAAAAUCGUGGUCACCACCAUUUAUUAGUUCAGCCGAAUUUCGUGUAUUCAUAAAAAACAUGUAGUUUUUGUACAAACCAACAUUCCAUUCAGUCCAUAAAAUAAACAGUCGUUCCUCUCGCACUCGUUGUUUCAAUACGUAACGUAAAACUUAAUAGGGAAACCAUGUAUGGAUUUCAAAACCUAAUUCUUAAUCGGCAAAUAAAAC